UUUCACAAUAUCAGUAAGGUCCAAGGCUAUAUUUGCCAUAUAAGUUUUGGAAAUCUCCCUUUCAGUCACUAUUCAGCUUUUUCAGUACAUAAAGAGGCACCAUGAAUGGAAUCAUUUGGAGCAAAGCUUACCAUCUUGCUAUGUUUGUCUGGUAUACUUUCUUAUUUACUAUAUUGCUUCUUGUUAACCCUGAUGAUCUGCCAGAUGGGGUUUUUGUGUAUGGUGGACGGUGGAAAUACCUCACCUUCCUAAAUUUGGUUCUGCAGAUGGUCUUCUUUGGAUUUGCAGUUGUGAUUGACCUCCAGCAUGUAUUUGUCAAAGGGAAAGAUCUUAAGAUGCUUAAUCUAUACAAAGAUCUUCUCUAUUCAGUUAUGGUGUUCCCUGUGGGUGCAUUUGUAGUUGCAGUCUUCUGGAUAAUCUUCACAUAUGAUAGAGAGCUGGUUUACCCCAAAAGUUUCGAUGAACUAUUUCCAUCUUGGCUUAAUCAUUCAAUGCACACAAUAGUAUUGCCAAUGCUUCUGUUAGAAAGCCUGCUUUAGCCACACACCUAUCCAAAGAGAAAAAAUAGAUUGGCCAUUCUGGUGCUCAUUUCAGUGGCCUACAUAAGUUGGGUCUGCUGGAUUUACUUCACAGUUGGCAUUUGGGUUUAUCCUCUCCUCGGAAAGUUUAGCCCUUUGGGUUUGGCAGCUUUGUUCUUGGUUAGCGUUGGACUUGUGAUGUCCCUGUUUCUCUUUGGAGAAGCACUAAACUGUUACGUCUGGGGCAUCGCCACCCGCAAGCAAAAUGAGCCUCAUUAUCGACCUCUCAGCUCCUUGAGGAAACCUCACAAGCAGUUCACAAACUCUCUAAUUCCUCACAAUCAGUUUUCACUACACUAUAUCAAAAUAUCAGACGCUAUCAAACUCAUAAAAAUCGCAGGUCAAGGUUCAUGGCUGGCCAAAGCAGACAUAUCGGAUGCAUCCAAGGUCAUGACGAUUCACCCCAAAUUACACCACUUGUUCAGGAUUAGCUGGAACAAUAAAUACUACUUCGCCACCCAGCUCAGUUUCCGCUGCCGUAGCAGCCCAAAAAUAUUCGACACUCUAUCAGAAGCUGUCUGUUAG